UAAAACACUGAAAAAAUUGUAUUAUUUAGUUGGUUGCAUAUAUGGCUAAUUUCCGAUUGAUUUGAGGUAUUUUCUUUGGGUUAUUUAAUUAUGUUUCACAUUUUGCGGCGUGCGUGGGUGGCACUUUUUCACAAGUCACAGCUGUUGAUGUAGGUUAGUUAGAGAGAAACUUUUAAGGAGAGAGAGUGUGGGUGAGAGUCCUGCUGCCCUGGCUGACUGCGCUGCCGGCGUUGACGUCGACGUUGGCGUCAAACGUCAGCGUCGGCGUUUAAAUGUCUACUGGUGUCGCCCUAGUGACUGUGUAACCUUUUUUGUCUCUGUGUGUUGUGGGUGGAAUUAUUUAUGCUACACAUUUUGUGCGGCGGCUUUUCGUUUUCCUUUUUGUUUUUCGGUUGCCAGUUGCCAGUGCCUUGGCAUUUUGCUUAUUAUUCUUCAAUUUAUUUGCAUUUGCUCGCCAGCACAACAUCCUUGAUUUAUCACAGAUCUCUGGCAGAAGUCGACUGAUCUAACUAGUUUGCCUUUCCUUGCCCCCUCCCCGUCGACAUCCUUGGUUCACCUUGGUGGUCUAUUUGAAAAUUGCCACCGUUGUUGUUGCAACUUCGCGUGACUCUGGACUUUGGUCAGGACAUUAGCUCUCGUCCUUUGUUCUUGCCCCGUUUUAUUGCUGGUCUGUUUCAUUUCAUUUCAUUUCAUUUAUUUUUCUGCCUUUGUUUUAUUUUAUUUUUUUGCCAUGGCACGCAUUUCACAAUUUUUAUCAUAGACACCCUCGCACACACACACACAAGCAGACUUGGAAACACGGACAGUAGGUGAGCUUAACUGUUAUUGCCUCUUUGUAGUUGGUAUGAUUUCAUUUUCAUGCUUUGUUUGGGCAACGCGGCGUAUGAGUAAUGCACUUGGCAGUCAUAUAAAUUUCAAAGCAAUUUAUACAAGUCCUAAGAUGUUUUAAAGCGGGAAGUGUGGAAGUUUUUCUACGAAGCCUGGGAGAGGAAUGACAACAACAGCAGCAUGCUAGGAAAACGCUCGGGAAAACUCCUUGAGCGCCUGUCAUUGCCAUAAGAAUUAAGUCUCAAGUACACAAAAAGAAUUGUGGUGGUAGAAAUUUGGGUAAUAAUCAAAAUUAAAGGAAUAUUUUUAAAUAAAUAAAAUUGUAAAACUAAUAUGUACAAGAUUAGCACAAACAAAUUUUAAUUAAAUUAUAUCACAAAUAAAAAUGAUUUACAAUUAAUCUUGUCAAAUAUCACCUAAACUUUCUGUUUUUCAUAGAUAUUCUAAUCCUAGUUUUUCUAAAAAUUAACAACUUUUGAAUUAUUUCUCUUGACUCUGUUAACUUUUAGUUUCUCAUUCGUUUCUCGAAGAGAUAAUGUUCACUUGUGUUUUUUUUGCACAAUUGUUCGCAGUGCACCGCCCACGCCUUUUGUUGAGCUGCAAAAGUUUGGAGGGCGAGAAUGGAUUGGAUGGAGGGGCGACUAAAACUAAAAUAGAAAUAAAAAUGAAAGUGAAAAUAAAACAUUAGGCUUUCGAGUCGAACUAACUUUUGACAGCUGAACUGGCAGCUGAAGAGCCCGCAGCCCGCAACCCGCAACCUGCAACCUGCAACCCGCUCCGCGUUUCCCGCUCCGCCAGCGCACUUUGUUGAUUUUGUUGCUAACGUUGUUGUUGUUGCCCGUGUUGCUUAUGGUUUUUUCGCUUUUUUUUCUAUUUGUUUAUUUGCAGGACUAUACAGAAAUGUCGGGCGGCAGGUGUUUUGCUUGUAUUCUAUUUUUUUUUUGCACUUCUACUUGAUUUUUUACGUUUCCACUUGAAUUUGGCUGGGGCCAGACUUUGUCGUAUUUUGCACGAUUACGGCACGGUAUUUGCCACAGAAUUGGAAUUGGCUAACACCGACGCUGCCAUUGGCUCACGCACACACACACACGCUCACGCACACGCUGGCGGACAGACAGACAGAAUUCUCGACACGAGAAGCGCGCGCGCUUGGCCCUGACGUGCCUCUCGGAGUGUUUGUCCAAAACUGAGGACUCAGGACUCGAAAAAGGACUCCCGAGGACUGCCCGCCCGGACUCGCGCCCCCUUUCCCCCCUCCCCUCACACGUUUUUUUUUCGGGGGCGGCAAGGCAGCGGUGCGUCGACGUCGGCAGCGCUGCCAAUGCGGACGCAACUUCGGCGAAGUAACGAAGCUUUGCCACACAAUCGCCAAGGAUUCGCGUGUGCGCGCUCCCCAAAAAGAGAGAAAGAGAGUGAGAGAGAGAGAGAGAGAGAACGGAAAUACAGGACGAGGACGCAGUAUUUUUUGCACUGCUUGCCCAAAUAGAGCCGCUCCCAUCAAGUAUACGCACUGUCAGCCGGCACAACAAGUUCCUGCGCAAAGAAAUGUUUGUUAUAUUAAGUCUGAUUACAUUUUUUUAAUAAAUUAAUGUCAUUUAAAUAUUAAAUAUAAAUACUCAAUACUUUGUGUUUGUCAUAUAACAUUUUCAGUUAUUUUUAUAAAGUUUUUGAAAGGCAAACGUUAUCUGUUAAAGCUCUUAGCUACGCUGAAAACCCAAUACGAACAGCUUUUAUUGGCAGCAUUCGAGUGGGGUUCCCAGCAAAAGAAAAAACACUUUCAAAUAUUUCUUGCAGUGUUCCUUUACCAAAUUUCUAUAUUAGCAUCCUUUUUAAGCUAUCUUAAAAAUAUUUUAAAUAGUUAUUGAAAACGUUGUAAUUUAUAGUAAACAAUCUGAUGGUGUAAAUGCAAAAUUAUUUAAAUUUUGUCAAUUCUGGUCAAAGUUUAAAAUAAACAUCAGUAUUUGUGAAAGUAAAAAAUCUAGAAAUAACUAAUAAAGUUUUUUAGUAUUUUGUAAGGCGUUUAAUAAAUGUGUUCACACUAAAAAUGUCAUAUCUAGACACGGCGUUCCGUAGGAUCGUGAUAAUCACUUUCUUCGUUUGCUAUCGAUCUAAUCUGCUGCUUGUGUAAAAAAAAAAAACGAAAAUUAAAGUAAAAAAGCCGGAAAAUAUAUUUUUUAAUAUCUAAAGAGGCAACCAGACCCAAAAAGUUUUUUUUACAGUUUAAGAUGUUGAUUACGAGCGUAUUCUAUAUAUUGCUGGCUUUGAGCCCGGUGAAAGGACCACCUCGAUUUUUUCAUUCCGGCUGCUGGAUAUCCGGCACAGGACUUAAUAAGUUUUUGGCUGCAGACUGCGGAAGUUUUACCUUCGACAUAAAGGGCUUGGCUGAUCUGCCGAUUAAUUCCCUGGAUAUAUCCGGUAUUAGCCUCAGGGAAGUACCCGAUUUAAGUGGAUUACAGGAACUCCGCCACCUAGAUCUAUCAAACAAUCAGAUUUCCUACCUGCCGGGAUGCAAUUUCAGUGCAUUUCCCAAUCUGAAAAGUUUGAACUUAAGCCAUAAUCUUAUCACGGAAAUGCCAGAAGAGCCGUGCCGAAUGGAUUCAAUCGAUGUGAGUCACAAUCAACUGACCGAUAUGCACAGUUUGGUUGGACUUUUUAAGACGAAGGAUGCGAGGGUCAUGGGAAAUCCCAUUCGAUGUAACUGCAGUUCUCCGCUAGUGCAAAGAUUCUACACCCAUGCGAAACAGUCUACACUGCGAAACAUCGAGUGCAUUUUGCAUGACUCUGACAGUCCAAAACCAUUGUCGACCCAAUGCCACAAAGAAAUCAACGAAGAGCAGACUCUUUCAAAGCUUCCCAUCAUAGUUAUCAUUGCUUUACUCAUUUUGGUUGUUGGUAUUAUAAUCCUGUGCAACAGACAUUAACGAAUUUAACCGACAAUCACACAAACCAAAGUCAUUUGAAAAUCUGAAGGAUUUUAAAACCACUUAAAAAGGCAACUUUUUAUUCAUUCCAAUUUUCACUUUUAAUUUUAUCUCAUCGGUAUUUUGACUUACCAGCAUAUUUAUACAAUUCGAAAUUUUUGUAAAUUGUAGAUGUAUUUUUGUAGUUUUAUAACGAAAGUAUUAAAAAUGUUAUUUUCUA